UCAAACUGAACGCACCCCUGGUUACCUGGUCAGCAGAGAGGGAGGAGAGAAAGACACCUCUAUAAACUCAUCUCUCUUUUCCCUGUCUCCCUGUUCCACAACCAAACUGUAGGGAGGGAAGAGGACUUCUAACUGGGUACAGCACUGCCUGUGUACUCUCAGAAGUAAAUUGUGCACAUUGAUCCCCCCACACACACACAGACACAGUGGCCAUGAUACAGCCAGUACUUCUACUCCUGCUACUGGCAGUCAAGUCCUCACCAGUGUUUGGGACUGCGAUAUCAGUACUGGAGGGAACCUCUGUGACCCUUGUCUACAGAUUUCCCAGUGAGGAGAAUCACAUGCUUUAUACAACUUUGAGUGAAACCAGUACUUGCAAAUGGUGGUCCUGUUGUAAUCCCAUAGCUGCGACAACAUUAUCUACCAUCCCACAAGAAAACAAAUACAGAUGUAUAACUAGAGAUGGGAUGGUGAACUUCACCAUUUUAGACCUUCAGCCUGCAGACAGUGGGAACUACUGUUGCAGAGCAGCGACCUCUACAGUGUUAAAUAAACCUUUAGAAUUCUACAGCCUGAGGGUAGUGAAAGGUCACACAGGUUGCAACAGGGAUCUACUGGACGGAUUGGAUUUUCUGGGCAACAAUAUUGAGAAUCAGCCAAUCACAAUCCAAAGUGCAAGUCAGUGCAGGCAGGAAUGCACCAAUAUUGACAAGUGCCAGUACUUCACAUUUAAUUGGAAGGAGACAGAAAGGAGAAACGAAUGUUCCUUGAAGGCCUCAAUUGGUGAUCUGAUGAACUCAACAAUUACAAUACAGCGCCUCCAAAAUGCAACCUCAGGCUAUUCCCUGAAAAACUGCAGUGGUAAAGAUUACCUGCACUACAUCAACGAGUCCAAGAGCUGGAUCAAUGCCAUGAAGUUCUGCAGAAGUCGUGGCUCCAAGUCUAACCUGGUGCACAUCACCAACCAGACCGUGCAGGCUGACGUGACCCAGCUCAUCGCCAAUGUGGGGCUGGCAUGUGGGGGGGUGUGGAUUGGUCUGGAGAGGUCCAUCUUUGAGUGGAGCGCUCCCUGGCUGUGGACCAGUAGUGAUGUUGAUAAGGUGGUGAAGUACAGCGAGUGGCACAGCUGCUUCCCCCUCAACCCCAUCAAUUACCACUGUGGUAAGAUGGUCUGGGUUGGUAACGAAGAACUGAAGUGGCUGGAUGCUUCCUGUCAUCAGGAAUUACCCUUCAUCUGUCAAGAUCUCCACUAGAGGGCUCUACAUGGCAGCCUGGACAGUCUGCAGCCAGACACCACACUGAUCUACCAGAGAGACUACCACACUCAUGGUCUGGAAGCAACCUGCAUUUCAAUUCAUAAUAUUUUACACCAAUAUAACUAUUACUAUUAUUAGGACUUUUUAUUGUCAUAUUUUAUAUUAUAUUA